CUGGCAUUCUCCUCUAAUGAAAAGCUUUUCCUUCACUGACUGAGGAUGGUUGGUGACUGCUGUUCUUCCUAAAGAGGAUACUUGCUCUCGGAGUCAGCACUAUGAGAUCCUUGUGAAAGAGAUGAAAGGAGGUAGUAUUGGGGGAAGAACUGAGGAAGACGAAAGCACUGUGCAAACAUGGCUCAUUCUGACAGUAACUUGCGCUGGAGACGGUCCCACUGAUGGCUGCUCUUCUCCUAAAGAGGCUGACCUUACAAACCUUGAAGACUGAAAAUAAUUGCAUUAGACGUCUUGGUCCAUAUGCCCUGCACAAGACCGCACCGGCGCUGCCAUCCCCCAGAGCCUCUGUCCCCACGCUGUCCUACCCGAUUCGCACAGAAGCUUUCGGCACUGUGGCAGACACCACCCAGGACGAAAGGAAGAAGAAGAAAAAGAAUGACCCAGCCUUCAGCAACGUCGGAAGGAAAAUCCACGAGCGAAUUAUUCACGUGCUGGACGAGGCGGGCAACGACUUGGGACACAUGCACCGAGCAGAUGUGAUCCAGCUCAUGAACGAGCGGGACCUGAGGCUCGUGAAAAGGGACAGUGGCGCGGAGCCCCCGCAGUACCAGCUGCUGACGGGGGCUCAGAUUCACGAGGAACGCCUGAGGCUUCGGGAGUUGGAGAAGGUGCAGCCGAAACCCGAGCCUACCCUGACAAAGGAGCUGACUUUCUCUUCAAAUAUUGGACAACAUGAUUUGGACACAAAGAGCAAACAGAUUCGGCAGUGGAUUGAGAAAAAAUACAAAGUUCAAAUUACCAUAAAGAAAGGGAAGAACGUAGAGGAGCCGGAAAAUAAAAUGGAGGAGAUGUGUCAUCAAAUACUCCGAACCCUGCCUGGGACAGCCGCCUUCUCGACCCGGCCACAGCCUGUUAGGGGAGGGAGAGCUGUAAUGUGUGUUCUUCGUCCCCUGAGCAAAAAGGAAGAGCACGCAUAUAGAGAAGCUCAUGGGACCCCAAAAGAGGACACUCUGAACAAAGAAAACAGAAACAAGGGAGAAUCCGAUGUUGUGCAUCCGUGAUUUUAAUAAAACUGUGCCUCAGAGAGGAGAGAACUA